AUGCCACGAUCACCACGCCGAUCCAGGGGCGUAGGCCGGGGCGAUCCCAAUCAUCGGCGGCUAGCCGACUCGCGACAUCGCGCGCAAGCGGCCGCGCGGCGGGAACCGACCGGCGUUUACCGUAAGGGACCCGAUUACGUCGCGAAUAAAUCGCGAACGAAUACGACGCGCGGACUUCGCGACGAGGCCCGAAUCAGCUCCAACGGGCCCGAAUUCUGUCGGCAGUCGCGUCAAUUAAGCGGCGCGCCGAUUGACAGACGGGCGAGCGGCUGUAAUAAA